UAUUCUGACGUUUGGAAAUUUGACGGCGGUGUUAUUGUAAAAAUGUAAUGAUUGGUAACUAAAUUGAUUCCUCUUGUUCGUUUUACACGAAAGAAUAUCACGUUCGAGCGGAAUGCACGAUGCAACAAUUGGUCUAGGUUCCUUUUGCAAUAAUUUAUUUUUAGCACAACAAGAAUUUCCUCAGAGGCGAAGCUCUCCUCUCCUGGUCAGCUAUAUUAUUUUCCGAGCACAUAAACACAGGUGCAACACCACACAAUAUCCUCCUAAAUACUUUAAUCGCUAUGUUACCCGAUCCUAAGAGCAGGUAACGUAUAAUGUAGUAUUAGAUCAAUUGGUAAUUGCAAAGAUAAUGAUCUCAGAAAUAGGGACAGAGGGCUAUGAGCCAAUGACAAGUUUGACAGAAGAGAGCCUGUUUAAGCUACAAUGUCUUAUGAAAGCAACAGAAAUACAGCACAGUGCUCAUUGUGAACAUGGAAAGAAAUUAUUCUUGGCAUUGACAACUGGAAAUUCAGAAAUCUUUCUAUAUUACAAAAAAGAUUCAAUAUUGGCUCCAAUAAUUAAGAGAAUCCCUUGGUUCCAAGGGUCUCACAAGCAAAUCUCAGCUAUAUGCUUUCAUUCUUUGGGAACUUGGUUAUUGUCUACAAGCAUUGAUGGAUCAGUGUAUCUAAUUCCUGCAUUGCGUCUGGUUGAUGAGACCUGUGACAUAGAUAAACGAUGGACCAGUGACGAUAUAACAUCUUUCCCUUCUAUUAGUUCACAAUCAUCUCAUUCAAAGCCUACUGCAAUAGUAUGGUGGCAUGAUACAGCAACACCUGCUGAAAUUGGUAUUAUUGGGACUGAACAUGGAGAGAUAAUAUUUAUAAAUCUUGGAACUGGUCAUCAGAUGAAUGUUACUCAUGUCAGUGGAAACAUUACCAGUCUCCAUAUUUGUCGCGAUGAAAGUAAUGAUAGUGUGUCUCUCUUGAUAACAAGUCAGUCAAAUCAGCAGUGGAGAUUACUUUUGGAGCAACAUACCUAUAGUUGUUUACGUCACUUAGACAAUGGGGAAUCGUACAACACAUUGCAUACAAAUGACAACAUCUAUGACAACACUAGAUCAUUUGCUGGUACUAGAUCCAGACUGCAGGGACUCAAACAAUUAUCAGUAGAGAAACUUGCUAUACUCAGGCAGAAGCUGAUUGAAACAAAAAAUCAAACUUUAGGUGAAAAUAUCACAAGUAACCGAAAUACUCAUAAUGCAACUGUCAAUUUUGACUCAUCUACAGAAGUUAAUCAGGAUCAAUUGAUACCUGAACCAAUAUCGAAAGAAACUUUCCUCAUUUCUCAGUCUGAUAGGGAGGGUCAACAGAUGUAUACAUGUUACCAUAUUCUCACAAAUCACAUAACAAUACAUGGACCUGAUUUUUCUACUGUCCCCUUAUCGGUACAUAAAGUAUUUGAAUCUUGUAGAAAUGUUUUAUUAACUCAACGUUUUUUCUUUAUUACUGAUACCAGUCAGUGUGUAAUGUAUGUAAUAUCAGACAGAUUAUCUGAAACUCGUUCAAAUGAUAAUUGUAAAUUUAAUCCAGAGUGCAUUGUUGGUCACUUUUCUUUAGUGAGUAGUAAAGAAGUGAUACGCGCUGUGUACAGAGCUAUCGAUUUUACCAAUAGUGCACCAACAACUUCCCAAGAAUCUAGAAACAAAUACACAUUACCAAAGGGAGUAAAAGAUAUUGAAAUUGAAUUACCUUAUGUGGAUACUUGUAUAAUUGUGACAAAUCGUUCUGUAUAUAAAGUUGCUUUAAGAAAGUCAGUGUUGUCAAUUUUCAUGGAAUUAGUAUUGAAGGACAAUGAUCCAGAAAAAGCGAUAAAAUUGGCUAUAGUGUUUGGUAUUAAUGCACAACAGUUAUUAGAGCAAGCUGGUGAUAUACUUUUGUCAAAUAAACAAUCUUCACGAGCUGUGGCUUGCUACAAACUUUCUAAAUGCAGACUAUUGAAGAGUGUGUUGAAAUGUGCAUCUGCUGGGUACACAGCAGAUCUAUUAAGUUGUCUCACACAUUGUUUAGCAUCUCCAACAAUCAGUAAAUUGCCUAUUACAACGAGAAUUCACCUUUCCAACUUAUGCGUACUGGCUUUUAUUGAAAUGACACUAAGAGUUCCAUCACAGAAGUCUAGAAUUAUUUACAAAGAAUUUUUGUAUUUCCUAUCUACAAACUCUUUCUACGACGAAUUAUUAGCAAUUAAUAUUGCUGGACAAACGUGUUUGUGGGAGGUGUUGCAUCAUCUUGCAACACAGAAAUGUCUUUAUGGACAAAUGUUGGAAGUACUCAUGAAAACAAUACAUACUUUCAGCGCAAGCAAUUUUUUUCCAACGCCAUGUAACGUAUAUUAUGGUUUGUUAAUAUGCAUAAGUGAACCAAGUUUGAUGCAAGCAAUGUUAGUAAAUAUUGAGUUAGCUAGAAGUCAUAUGUCCUUUAUUCUUGAUAAUCUUCAAGAAUUGCAAAUUUUCGUACUUCAGAGAUUAGUGACAUUGUAUGAUCCAACGAAUCCAGUGAUAAGACCUAGAAUAGUACACUGCAGAUUGCACCAUAGAACAACUUCACACAGCUCACAGUCUAGUCAAUGCGAUUCUAUAGAUCUCGAGGAGGCUGACACAUUAGUUGAGGAAAUUAUUGAAACUUUUUUACUCGUUUUAUUGACUUUGAUUUAUAAGAAGUCUAUUUUACCUCAAGAACCUUCUCUUACAUGCAAUAUUGAACUACUAGCAUAUAAAAAGGAUGACAACAGGACUAGUUGUAUCGUGGAUUUUAAGAGAAGACCAUUGUGCGCCGGAUUCUAUCAUGUUGUUCUUAUUAGAAAUGGAAACGUAUAUACGUGGGGAAGUUCUGUGCAGGGCUGUUUAGGAACUGGUCCAUCCUUGUUGAGAUACGGUACACCUCAACCAAUAUUUUUCUUUCGAAGUAUGGAAUUGGAAGUGUUCAGUGUAUCGUGUGGUCACUGUCACACUUUGGCAGUAACCAAUAAUGGUGUAUAUGCAUGGGGAUCAAGCCAGUUUGGCCAGUUGGGUUUAGGCAAGGUUCUACAAUCUUCGAGUCCGGAAUUAAUCACUUCUCUAUCUCAAGAAGUUAUCGUCGAUGCAGUGGCUGGACAGUAUCAUUCUAUUGCAUUGACUGCUGACGGUAGAGUCUUUACAUGGGGUUGGGGCGUUCAUGGCCAGUUAGGCCAUGGCGCUACCGAUGCGAAAUUGACACCUACGUUAGUUACAUCGUUACUUGGUGUAGUCAUACGCUGUAUCGGCGCCGGCCAUGCGCAUACACUGGCCCUGUCAACAGAGGGUAUUGUGUACGCUUUCGGGUGCAAUGUAUUCGGACAGUUGGGUGUAGGAAGUAAUGUUAAAAGUUCAGUGCCAAUAAAAGUUUUCUUACCAGAAAAGAUAUCUUUAAUCGCGUCUGGAUACUUCCAUAAUCUUGCCGUUAGUCAUACCAAUAGAUUGUAUACAUGGGGAGCAAGUCCUCAAGUUCUUAGGCUACAAGCACAAACACAAAAGAGAACUCGGAUAUUGGAGCAGCGGGAUGCUAUCGUGAGGCAGUUUGAAAAUAUUGACGAAUUCGAGAAGGUGACGGAUCACGGGAACGAUACCGGGGAAGAUGUUUCAGAGAGCAGUGUGCAAUGUAAAACUGCACAACAAAAAACCGGAAGCAGUGCAGGGUCUCGUAGAAAACAAAUAGACAUGUGUUUAAAAAAUGUUGAUAUUGGAUCACUUGAGGAGAACCAGGCGCAUUUAAAGCCAUCCAUUGUAGAUACCAGUUUAGUGACAGCAGAUAUCCUACAGAUAUCGACUGGUUGCCAUCACAAUGCUCUUGUGACAAGGGAUGGAUCUCUUUACACAUGGGGUAGAAAUUUGGAUGGUCAGAUAGGUAAUGGUAGCAAACGGGAGGUAACAAUCCCCACACCUUUAUGUUACAAUCCUGCCUCUAUCUUUGCACAAGUACCUCCAAGACAUAUGUCCUUUCGGAUGGAAGGCAACGAAUCCAGGGAAACAGUAAAUCCUGUAAUUAAAACUGUUGGAGUUUAUUGUGGAUAUGAUUAUACAAUUGCCAUCCAACCAGGAGGUACAAUCAUGGCUUGGGGCAACAACAGGAGAGCACAAUUAGGUCGCCUUCCUCCGAAAGAUACGCGCGAUGCGGACGAUAAGCUUGUUUUAAUUAAGAAGCGAGUAGUGAGAGUCCCUAAUAAAUUGACGCUGCAUUAUGCAUUGGAUUAUUUCUCCGGCUUGUAUGAUUCUUCUAGAAUUAUGGAGAAGUGCAUCGAAUUAGGAAAUUAUCAAGCAUGCUCAAAGAUAGCUAUGCUCCAACAUAACAUUUCCGAUGCACUGUCGUACCAAUUGAAAAUAUUGCAUGCGUUAAGUCUACAAACUUGUUUGAGAGCAAAGUCUUCGGAAAGUACAUGUGAUAAAACAGAGCGUAGGCUUGAUGAAACCUCUGGCUCAAGAAAAAAGUCUUCGUCGAAUCGUCACGUAAAAGAGAACACUGAACUAUUUAACAAGCAGGUAGAAAAGAAUCUGAUUGAUUCCGUUGAAGACUGUGCCGCCAAGAACAAGAUGAAAAUCCCAGCGAGUAAAUCACUGAACAGCUUGCAAAUGUUACAACAAGAAUUGUACACGUUUGAUUGUCAAGGUGGCUCAGAAGAAUUGUGCAGAGAAAUGAAAUGUGACAAUGCUCCUUUAGGUAUUUUCGAAGAUACUUUUGAUUCUGACAUGGGUUCCGAUUCGGAAGAGUGGAUGGAGGAUAUUAUUCGUGGAGAAGAAAAGGCAGUUGCAGCCACUGACGAUAAUUCGGUAGCUUCCAGUACUGUUACAACGGAAGAAAUAAAUCAUAACGAACCGUCUGAAAACAAUUGGCAAGACAGUGUGACCAACGAAGCUGUUAAAGUGGCCAAGUUCUUUAUAAAUGAAAUGGAGAACGAAACAGACACGGUCAAGUGUAAAAUAUUACAGGAUGUUUUGGAUUUCUGGAUAGAACACGAUCUGCCAAUACAGAGUAUAGAGAACGUAUUUCUUGAUCAUAUCGAGUCAAUUUUUUAUCCCCUUGGAUUGUUAUUAUUUUGUCAAGAAAUAAUGGAGAAGUACUUGGAUGCUAAUAAGAAUGACACGGAAGUUAAGAGCCUGACUGUGAUUAAUUACUUCUCCUCUAAAUUUUGUUUGCAAGUGUGUUCCAUGUUACUACAUCAUAUCGGCCAAGGCCAACCUACUCCUGAAUUCAUUAAAUUAUUGUCCUCUCUAAUGGCUGACCAUUAUGGGCCUCCACUCACUGGAUACCCUGGUACAAGUGGAAAUAAUACUUCAAAGCAAAUGAUAGAGGGUGUUAUGAGUACUGUAUCCUGUGAGACUCCCGAUUCUAGAUCAUUUGUACAUAUUAAGGAUCCGGAUGCCAUAUACAGAUUCCUUGCGACUGACGAGGACACAAUGGUAUUUACAUGCGGUCAUCAUUUUCCAAUGACUGUUUAUGAAACCGAAGCGAUUCCGACAAUGGAAACAGAACUAAUUUUAUCAGACUCGCUGAUUCUUCCAUAUACAGCUCAGUACUUAGUGAAAAUGUUAUCCGAGACGUCUAAACCGGAAAUUCUGUGUCCGUCGUGCAUACCACGAGCACUAGGAACGUUAGUAAAGAAGAACAAUGGCUGA